CGCCCACUCAUUUUGACAGGUUCUUUUCUUCGUAGUAUCGAGACUAAGAGAAAAUGUGGCCUGACCGGCUCAAAGCCUCGGUUAUAUUUCCGCAGAGCGCGCGCAGCUUCGUCACGCACCAAUCACAGUGAGGCUAUCGGCAGCGGGCAAAUUCAAUGCACUUUUCUCCAAUGAGCAGCACACACCGAGGCGGGGCGGUGCUCCUCUGAACGGUGCUGAGCACCACGUGGAGCCCGUCACCAAUCACGAGCCGGAGCGGCACCGCGUCACAGCCAGUCACACACUUUAAGAGCAGCGAGUCUCGUCUGUUUGCUACAUUUUCUGCUCUUAUUACAGGGAAAGAAAAGUGAGAAAGAAUGGCAAGAACCAAGCAGACCGCUCGCAAGUCUACUGGCGGCAAAGCCCCCAGGAAGCAGCUUGCCACCAAGGCCGCUCGUAAGAGCGCCCCGGCCACCGGAGGCGUCAAGAAGCCUCACCGUUAUAGGCCCGGUACCGUGGCUCUGCGCGAGAUCCGCCGUUACCAGAAAUCCACCGAGCUGCUGAUCCGCAAGCUGCCCUUCCAGCGCCUGGUCCGCGAGAUCGCCCAGGACUUCAAGACCGACCUGCGCUUCCAGAGCUCUGCUGUCAUGGCUCUGCAGGAGGCCAGCGAGGCUUACCUGGUCGGACUCUUCGAGGACACCAACCUGUGCGCCAUCCACGCCAAGAGGGUCACUAUCAUGCCCAAAGACAUCCAGCUGGCUCGCCGCAUCCGCGGAGAGAGAGCUUAAGCUACACGCUCUCCUACUAACAACGGCUCUUUUCAGAGCCA